ACUUGACUUACUCUCUCUUCUUCCCACUGCCACCUGAAUCCGCCAGUUACUUCCGACCACAUGGUCCCCUCCCUCAUACUAGUACUGUUAAACCCCCUCCUCCAAUUUUCAUUAAUUAACUAAUUAACACGCUGCUGCCACCACACUUCAAUGCUCAUAUCUUUACAUGUUUUAUAUAUUUUUUAUAUAUAUAUUUUGCAGUUUCUAUCAGCAGAGAGAAGACAAUCUAUGAUCUCGUCGUAGUAAUUGAAGUCGCUGCUGCUUCUUCGCAUGGCACCAACUCAUAAUCGUUUCUCGGUUACCACGCUUUUUUAUAAUCCAACAAUCUGAUCUAACCUUCUAUUCCCCUCUCAACUCACUCUUCUUCUCUUUCAAAAGAGAAAAAGAAAAAGAAAAUGCUGACUUGCAUAGCUCGGCCGAAGAAACUCGGGGAAGACUCACUGAGUCACCCGGACGAUCCCAAUUCCAGCAUCGGAAAGAAUCAAUCCGUCAAGUCCAUCACCUCUCAGUUAAAGGAUAUGGCGUUGAAGGCGUCGGGUGCGUACAAGAACUGCAGUCCGUGCGCGCCGCCGAGUCGACUCAGGACAGCCAGUGGAGUGGGCGGUGCCAGUAUUGGAAGCGGUGGAGACUCGGAUGGGGACUCGGAUCGGUUCCGGUGGUCGUACAGACGGACAGGGAGCUCAAGCUCGUCGGCGGGGACAAGGACAGGGUGGGGAAAGGAGAUGGAGGCGAGACUUAAGGGGAUAUCGAGCGGCGAGGGGACGCCGAGCUCCGCCGGAGGGAGCGGGCGGAGGGCGGAGCCGGUGGUGGUGCUAGUGGAGGAGAACGAGCCGAAGGAGUGGGUGGCGCAGGUGGAGCCCGGCGUCUUGAUCACGUUCGUGUCGCUUCCCCGUGGCGGGAACGACCUCAAGCGCAUACGAUUCAGUCGGGAGAUAUUUAACAAAUGGCAAGCUCAAAGAUGGUGGGCAGAGAACUAUGACAAGGUCAUGGAACUUUACAAUGUUCAAAGGCUUAACCGCCAAGCUUUCCCUCUUCCAACUCCACCACGGUCUGAAGAUGAGAGUUCAAAGCGUGAAUCAAUAGAAGACAGCCCUGUAACACCUCCACUAACCAAGGAACGGCUACCUCGAAAUUUGUACCGCCCAACAGGGGUGGGAAUGGGGUACUCAUCCUCAGAUUCCUUUGAUCAUCAGUCGAUGCAAUCCCGGCAUUACAAUGAUUCAAACGGUCUGAAUUCAACCCCAAAGGUUUCAACCAUUAGCGCUGCCAAGACAGAGAUGUCAUCGAUGGAUGCUUCUAUAAGUAGCUCAUCCAGAGAAGUGGACCAUUCCGGGGAACUAUCAAUGAGCAAUGCUAGUGACUUGGAGACUGAAUGGGUUGAGCAGGAUGAACCUGGAGUCUACAUUACCAUUAGAGCACUCCCAGGUGGCAAACGGGAGCUCAAACGAGUGAGGUUCAGCCGAGAAAAAUUUGGGGAGAUGCAUGCUCGACUUUGGUGGGAGGAGAAUCGUGCCAGAAUACAUGAACAAUACUUGUAAGAUUUAUCAAGUUGGUGGCUCCUGCUGAUGCUGUGGAAUAUGUGGAGGUGGUGUUGCUUAUUUAAUUAAAUUUUUUCGCAUCUCUUGUUAUACAAGGUAUCUUUAUAGAUGAUCAGAUGUUAGGGGCUGGCGCUACUCGUGCCACUUCCUUUUUUGGGUUUAUACACACAUCCUAGACCUUCGCACGCUGGCGUCUCAUCUUCAUGCCAUCGGUUCUGGGUAUUACCAUGGACAUGGGAAGUAAAUUUAGCAUCUAUUAGUCAAAGAUAUUGGUGGAUCAAGGCAGCAAUUGCUUACUUGAAAGUUGAAAACUUCUGAGUCUGGUGGGUGUAAAUUACAUGGCCGUUGAAAUUGGAUACAAAGAAAUCUGCUCAAUCAUUUUUGUUUCUACUCUACAUAUCUAAUUUCUGCAUCCAGUUUGCAAUAGCAUAUCUACUCAUAAUACUAACUUCAACCUGUCUAUCGCUGGAAUAGCCUACAAUGGUCAUCAAUACUGAUAAUAUUUGUCCUUACUUUUGUUAACAAUUGACAUUAUUCACCACUUUCAUCUUUGCUGCCAUGCUAUUCAUCUUUGCAAAUGACUGUGCAACGCCUCAGUUAAAUAGUUGUAUGUAUUUGCACACUCUCGUGUUCAAUAAAUAUGACCUUAUUACA